CCGGGCGGUGCGGGCAGCGGGGGGCCGAGACCCGGGGCUCGCCGCGCCCCUCCGGCCCCCCAGGGCCGCGGGGAGCCCGGACAUGGGCGUUCGGCUGCCCCGGGGCGUGUUGGUACCUGCGGGAGGGCGCCCGGCGGAAAGUCCCUUCUUCCCAUGAGCAGCGCUUGCUCCCGGCGCUGGGCGCUCGCCAUGGACACUAUGAAAACCACCUACAUCGUGCUGGAGCUCAUCAUCGCCGUGCUCUCCAUCGCUGGCAACGUGCUGGUCUGCUGGGCUGUGGCCAUCAACAGCACCUUGAAGAACGCCACCAACUAUUUCCUGGUGUCGCUGGCCGUGGCCGAUAUCGCCGUGGGGUUGUUGGCCAUCCCUUUCGCCAUCACCAUCAGCAUCGGCUUCCAGGUGGAUUUUCACAGCUGCCUCUUCUUCGCCUGUUUCGUGCUGGUGCUGACCCAAAGCUCCAUUUUCAGCCUGCUGGCGGUGGCCAUCGACAGGUACCUGGCUAUCAAGAUCCCACUGAGGUACAACAGCCUGGUGACCGGCAAGCGGGCGAGGGGACUCAUCGCAGUGCUGUGGCUGCUGUCCUUUGGGAUUGGACUGACCCCUCUGAUGGGCUGGAACAAAGCCAUGAGUGGCUGUCCCAACGCCACCAACGAGACGGGGACGGAGCCCCAGGGCUGCUUCAUCUCGUGCCUCUUUGAGAACGUGGUGACCAUGAGCUACAUGGUCUACUUCAACUUCUUCGGCUGCGUGCUGCUCCCGCUCGUCAUCAUGCUGGGGAUCUACAUCAAGAUAUUCAUGGUGGCCUGCAAGCAGCUGCACCAGAUCGAGCUGAUGGGCAACUCCAGGACCACCCUGCAGAAGGAGGUCCAUGCAGCCAAGUCUCUGGCCAUCAUCGUGGGCCUUUUUGCCUUCUGCUGGCUGCCCCUGCACAUCUUGAACUGCAUCACGCACUUCCACGAGGACUUCUCCAGCUCCAAGCCCGAGUGGGUGAUGUACGUGGCCAUCACCCUGUCCCACGCCAACUCCGUCAUCAACCCCAUCAUCUACGCCUACAGGAUCCGGGAUUUCCGCUGCACCUUCCGCAAGAUCCUCUCCAAGAUCCUCUGCAAGGCCAACGACCUCCCCAAGUGUCCCUCGGAGCACAACCAGCACCUGACUGCCAUCAACAUCAGCUCCCCCGCGGCCUCGGUGACCGUCUGAGCCCAGCCCUGCCCGCCCUGGCACUGCCCUGCCCGCCCUGGCACUGCCCUGCCCGCCCUGGCACUGCCCUGCCUGCCCUGGCACUGCCCUGCCCGCCCUGGCACUGCCCUGCCCCUGACAGCAGGGCCACGAGGGCUCAGACAUGACCUCUAUGGACUCGUGCAGCUCUGGUUUUAUUUUUAUUUUUGUAAUUAAUGUCGUGCCUGGUAGAGGAGUGACCUGAGCGGGGACACUGAGUGCAGCUCACCCCUGGGGGUGUGAGAGCUGUGAUCCCCUUGUGUUUCCUUUCCAGGCUGGACACUGACUGGGGAAGACUCACCUGCUGGGGGGGUGUUUCCCCAAUUGUGCUGCUCAUGUCAAGUCAUAGGAUCUUUAUUUUAAUUAUUAUUAUUAUUAUUUUUUAAUAUUUGGAUUCAUUUAGGAGUAAUAAUUUUGUGUCUGUUUUUUGAGUUGUUCUCCAAGUUCAUACUUGACAGCACUUUGGUAAUACCCGAAUUAUUCCAUCAAUUGUUUGAUGCAGCUUGUAUUCUCUGAUGGGAAAAAGUCUUACUUAGCCCAGUU